CCGAAAUCCAGCCGUGUCGGCGACUAGUGGGGGACUCGACCUGUUCGUGCUUGGAUUUACACUCCGGCUCUCCGUUUGCUGGUUAUUCCUCGUUCAUUCGUAAAUAGCCCAGUUGCUGUAGUUUAGCCCCCGAUAGCUUUGUAGAGGAAAAUGAUGUGAAUAAUCAUCCUGCGAUGGACAGUUACUCGAUAUGUUCCGGUUGGACACGUUCCCCUAGGACUGGGAAAAUAGGUAUCGCUCGGAAAGUUUAAGUGCAGUUUUGUGGUUUCGAGUUGGACAUGAAUGUUUCAUGCGUUGGUCGUACUUUGAUGGGUUUUUUUCAAUUAGGGUUUUUCCUCGUCCAAUGCCACAAGAAUAUUAAAAUAUGAAAUAAUGUACUUGCCGCGAUGCUUCGACAACGCUCCAUUGAAACUGCUCGCGAUCCUGUGCAUCUCGUUCGACCUGGGCGGCGGCAAACGGUCCUCGUACACCUCCACGAAGACGGAGUACGGUGAUGGCGGCAACGUCCUGCACAUCGGCGGCAUCUUUCCCAUCGCCGGCGAGGGCGGCUGGCAGGGCGGCCAGGCCUGCAUGCCGGCCGCUAAUCUUGCCCUCGAGGAUGUCAACACCAGGAAGGACCUGCUGCCGGGAUACGUGCUCAAACUGCACAGCAACGACAGCGAGUGCGAACCGGGUCUGGGCGCCAGCGUCAUGUACAAUCUCCUCUACAACCAGCCCACCAAGCUGAUGUUGUUAGCUGGAUGCAGUACCGUCUGUACGACCGUAGCAGAAGCAGCGAAAAUGUGGAAUCUCGUCGUGCUCUGUUACGGCGCGAGUUCUCCCGCCCUAUCAGAUAGAAACCGAUUCCCGACCCUGUUUCGCACUCAUCCCUCAGCGACCGUGCACAAUCCCACGAGGAUCAAGCUGAUGAAGAAGUUUAACUGGUCCAGGAUAUCUAUCUUGCAGCAAGCCGAGGAGGUGUUCAUAUCUACCGUGGAGGAUCUCGAAAAAAGGUGUAUGGAAGCCGGUAUAGAAAUUGUUACCAGACAGUCCUUUCUCUCCGAUCCGACAGACGCUGUGAGAAAUCUCAGGAGGCAGGAUUCUCGAAUAGUGGUAGGACUUUUUUACGUUGUCGCCGCCAGACGAGUGCUCUGCGAACUGUACAAGCAAAAUCUUUAUGGAAAACAGUACACAUGGUUUUUUAUCGGUUGGUACGAGGACAACUGGUUCGAAAUAAUGAUCGAGAAAGAGGGCAUCGAAUGCACGGUGGAGCAGAUGCGGACCGCCGCCGAGGGCCACAUCACCACGGAGGCGUUGAUGUGGAAUCAGAAUCGCAACGAGCGCACAAUAUCCGGCAUGACGUCGGAGGAUUUCCGGUUGCGUUUGAACGAGGUGCUGCGUCGCGAGGGGUACGACAUCGCCAACCAGAGGUACCCGGAGGGGUACCAGGAGGCGCCGUUGGCGUACGACGCCGUUUGGAGCGUCGCUUUAGCUUUCAAUAAAACAAUGGAUCGUCUGCACAAGUACGGGAAAAGCUUAAAGGAUUUCAAUUACAACAACAAAGAGAUCGCCGAUGAUAUUUACUCGGCAAUCAAUUCGACGCAGUUUUUAGGAGUGUCGGGCUUCGUCGCGUUCAGCUCGCAGGGCGACAGGAUAGCGUUGACUCAGAUAGAACAAGUCAUAAACGGCAGCUACGUCGUCCUGGGUUAUUAUGAUACGCAGGCCGACAAUCUCACGUGGUUCGGCAGGGAAGUAUGGCAGGGUGGUAAAGUUCCUCAAGAUAGAACGAUCAUAAGAAGAGUAUUGAGAACAGUUUCCCUACCGCUAUUUAUAUGCAUGUGCAUAAUAUCAAGCAUAGGAAUUCUAGUCGCUGCAGGAUUAAUAGCUUUUAAUAUUUGGAACAAGCACAGACGGGUGAUUCAAUCGUCUCAUCCGGUAUGUAACACCAUCAUGUUAAUCGGAAUCAUCGUUUGUUUGGCUGCCGUAUUUUUGCUCGGCCUGGACGGUAGAUUCGUUAGUCCGGAAUCAUUUCCCAUUAUAUGUCAAACUAAAGCCUGGGUCCUUUCCACAGGAUUUACCCUAUCAUUUGGCGCAAUGUUCAGUAAAGUUUGGCGAGUCCAUAGACUAACGACUAAAGCGAAAAGUGAUCCUAAAGUUCGAAUGAAAAAAGUACAACCGUGGAAAUUGUACUCCAUGGUGUCAGGCCUGUUGAUGAUAGACUUCGUUAUUAUGUUUACAUGGCAAUUGUCCGAUCCGCUCCAGCGGCGGAUCGAAAUUUUUCCAUUAGAAGCGCCGGUUUCAGCACUAGACGACGCCCAAAUUCGACCGGAACUCGAGCACUGCGAAAGCCAAAACAACAACGUCUGGCUAUCCGUUAUGUGCGCUUAUAAAGGACUAGUUUUGAUAUUCGGCUUGUUCCUCGCCUACGAGACGAGAUCGAUGAAAGUAAAACAGAUAAACGAUUCGAGAUAUGUCGGUAUGAGCAUUUACAACGUUGUGAUACUGUGCCUGAUUACUGCUCCCGUCAUUAUGGUGAUAGGUAGUCAACAAGACGCCAGUUACACUUUCGUCGCAUUAGCUAUAGUUUUUUGCUGUUUCCUCAGCAUGGCCCUCAUCUUUGUGCCUAAGGUUAUUGAGGUAAUAAGACAUCCAAAAGAUAAGGCUGAAAGUAAGUACAACCCAGACCCUGGUCUAUCAAAAGAGGAAGAGGAAAAAUAUCAAAAAUUACUGAGCGAAAACGAAGAUUUGCAACGACUUAUAGCGCAGAAAGAAGAGAAAAUAAAACUGCUGAAGGAGCGCAUCGCCGAGAAGGAAACGGGCGGCAAAGGCGGGUUGACGACGCCAUCUACAAUCACUCAAGGUAAGGACUGCCUCAUUGUAGCAGAUUUCAUCACGGACGCGGGAACAUCCGAUUCGGCGUUCGGCGGAGGGCAUUCGAUUUACACCAGGUCGUCGAGGUGCAGUCAGUCAGAUAUCGAAUUCAGCGAGAGUUAUUUGUAGAUAAUGAAAUUGAUCUAGCGAAAAUCCGGUAUGACUGGAAUUAAUCGAAUGAUGAUAGUAAGGAGAAGGGAGUAAUUUGUUACUCGAUGCAUGCGGUUAAUACCCCUUACGAUUAAUUUUAUUUCUUCUCAUAAAUUGCUUUAGCG